AUGACGGAAAAAUCCUGGGCACAGCUUUCAAUUGAUCGCUUUUUUGAAAACAGAAAAUCGCCGAGCCAAGCAGAAUGCUAUCGACUGGCUAGGUCAAUAUCCAACGCCUCUGUUGUUCGCCCAGUCGAUGUUCCAGGAUCUCUCAGCUACACAGUCAUUGGCACAGGCCGUCCAAAUCAAGGCCAGGAUUUGAUAGUUUCUUUCCGGGAGAAGAAUUCAGUUAUUGACUCUGCCACCAUCGCACUGGCGCGGUCGAUUCAUGGCUGCCUUGUUCCGGAAGCCACCUACCAUGGCAAAAUUUGUGACCUGCACAUUUACACAAUGUCUCGUCUGCAGGGAAUCUCUUCUCUCGAAGCACUUAGUACUAAGGCUGAAUUGACACCGGAAGCUGAGGCAAGCCAUACUUGCUAUGUCAAACAUCUAGCUAGAUACUUUGCUCGAUGCUGGUUGAUGCCGCAGCCUACAAAUUCGGAACAGCUGGUUGAACACCGCUCCGGGGUUAAUCGCAGACUAGAAAAGCUCAGAAAAAUAUCGCCGCCGAUUGUUUCAGACAAGACAAUAAACGAGCUAGAAUGCAGUUUCCCGGUCUUGUUUAGUCACGAAUAUCCCCAAGUCCUUACUCACAAUGACCUCUCCAAGACGAAUAUUCUAGUCAAUGAUGAGAGCUUAAAAAUCACAGGUCUAAUCGAUUGGUCUUUGGCUAGUGUGCUGCCCUUUGGGCUGGAGUUGUUUUCUCUCUCCCUUAUGACAGGGUACAUGGGCAUUGAUGGCUGGCACAGCUAUACAUGCCGCGAUAAGCUACACAACGCUUUUUGGAAGGAGUUUUGCUUUGCUUGUGCAAUAGAUUAUGAUCAUGCGCGUUGGAAGGAUGUUUACAAUGCAGCACAAAGUGCUGCUAGACUUGGUGCAGUACUGCAUUAUGCAUUUGAACGAAACGCGGAUGGCUCCCCUUCUGAAGAGGUGGCUACGUCGCAGUGGAUGUGGAGGUUUCUGCCAGUCUUACUAGAACUAUAG